CACUGACUGGCAGCACUGAUAUGUGGCACUGAUUGGCGUUGAUAGGUGGCACUGACUGGCACUGAUGGGUGACAUUGAAAGGCAGCUCAGAUGGGCACUGAUAUGUGGCAUUGAUGUGCACUGGUAUGCACUGAUAUGUGGCACUGAUGGGCACUGGCACGUGGCACUGAUGGGCACUGGUACGUGGCACUGAUGAGCACUGACAGGUGGCACUUCUGGGGCCACACUGAUCAUCAGGGCACACUGAUCAUCAGUGCCCUGAUGAUCACUGUCAGUGUGACAGCUCGAGAGGAGAGAAAUGCCGAUAACCGGCAUUUCCCUAUUUACAUGUGAUCAGCUGUGAUUGGA